CACUGGCCCCAGGGAUACCCAGCCCAGGCGGAGGAAACGCCGAGCCUACAGACAUGGGAGUUCGAAGAGCAUUCCACCUUCUACUGGUGUGCCUGAGCCCAGUGCUGCUCUCUGCUGUGAGGAUCAACGGGGAUGGCCAGGAGAUUCUGUAUCUGGCGGAAGGUGAUAAUGUGAGGCUGGGCUGCCCCUACAUCCUGGACCCUGAGGACUAUGGUCCCAAUGGGCUGGACAUCGAGUGGAUGCAGGUCAACUCAGACCCCUCACCUCGGGAGAAUGUGUUCCUUAGUUACCAGGACAAGAGGAUCAACCAUGGCAACCUCCCCCAUCUGCAGCAGAGGGUCCGCUUUGCAGCCUCAGACCCCAGCCAGUAUGAUGCCUCCAUUAACCUCAUGAACCUGCAGGUAUCUGACACAGCCACCUAUGAGUGCAGGGUGAAGAAGACCACCAUGGCCACCCGGAAGGUCAUCGUCACUGUCCAAGCGCGGCCAGCGGUGCCCGUGUGCUGGACUGAGGGCCACAUGACACACGGCAACGACGUGGUGCUGAAAUGCUUUGCCAAUGGGGGCACUCCACCUCUCACCUACAAGUGGGCCAAGAUCAGUGGGUACACUCACCCCUAUCGCGCCGGGUCCUACCAUUCCCAGCAAAGCUUCCACUCUGAGCUCUCUUACCAGGAGUCCUUCCAUAGCAACCUGAACCAAGUUUCAGGCCUGAGCAACGGUGACCUGGUGUUGAAGGACAUCUCCUACAAGGAUGAUGGGCUGUACCAGUGCACAGUGGCCAACCAUGUGGGCUACAGCGUGUGUGUGGUGGAGGUGAAGGUCUCAGACACCAAACGUAUAGGCAUGAUCAUCGGCGCAGUGCUGGGCUCUUUGCUCAUGUUGGCCUGCCUGGCGGUGGGCAUCUGGGGGCUCAUCUGCUGCUGCUGCGGGGGCGCCGGGGCUGGCGGCGCCCGCGAUGCCUUCUGCUACCGCACCGGCGGCGGCGGCGGGGUCGGCGGAGGGGCCUGCGACUUGGCUAGUGAGAUCAGAGAGGACGCCGUGGCGCCCGGGUACAAGGCCAGCAGACGCGGCAGCCGCGUCACCCAGCUGCUGGGGUACCCGACGCAGAACGUCAGCCGCUCCCUGCGCCGCAAGUACGCGCCUCCACCCUGCGGCGGCCCCGAGGACGUGGCCCUGGCGCCCCGCCCCGCCGCCGCCGCCGCCGCCGCCGCCUGCGAAGCGGGCCCCUCCCCGGUCUACGUCAAGGUCAAGAGUGCCGAGCCCGCCGACUGCGCCGACGGGUCGCUGUCGGGCAAAGACGGACUCUUUGUAAGAUCAGAAGAGGGGAAACAAGGGGCUGGUAGGGAUGACGUCUCUGAAUGUUCCCAGAGAAUUCUCAGAAUCCUUCUUCCUCCUCCCCUCAUCCAUCUACUAAUCCUGACUUCCUUAUCUCUCCCAGAUGUAUGCCUGCCUUCUCAACAACCAGGAAGAUUUCAGAGUCAUACUGCUGGGUGGAAAGACCUUCAAGGUCAUCUAACUUAG